GUAUGUAUGUAUGUAUGUGUGUGUAUAUGUUUAAAAUAACCCUGAACUUGUCAAUGAUAUAAAUUGAAAUAUAUAGUAAGGUUACAUAUAUAAAUUGAUAGUCACUAAUAACAAAUAAAGUUUUCAUGUGUUUCUAUUUGUGAUUAACCAAAAACAAAAACUAAAACAAAAAAAAACAAGAAAAAACCGAAACGAAAUGAAACAAACAAAACAAAUAACCAUGUACCUUUUACACAUGUGUAUAAGUUUUAUAUAAAUCAUGUACGAAUAGUAGUAUGAAUGUUAAUAUAUUCAUUGAAUAGUUAUUAUGAUUAUUAUCAUUAUUACUACUAUUCCUAUUUCAUUGAAUAUUCAACCUAAACUAAAAUCAUUGAAUAUACUGGUUUUCUCUAUUCAAUUGAUUGAAUACCAUUCAUUUGAAUCUCUUUUAUAAGUGGAUUAUUUCACAAUCUAAUUCAAUGUAUCUUAUAUUAAAUUAAAUUAAAACAAAACAAAACAAAACAUGCCUAAAACUUCAGUAAACACUAAAGAAUCAAAAUAUUUUCCAAAUUUUAUUAAACGGAAUAAAAGUGUUCAUUUACAAAAUCGUCAUAAUAUGAAAGCUCUUCUGGAAGAAGCAAAGAAAGAAUUUCUAGAAAAAUGGGAGAAGCCUGCUCAGAACACGGCCACUCUGGAUUCAUUCGACCGAAUCAAAACGUUAGGCACUGGGUCUUUCGGACGCGUGAUGCUAGUCCAGCACAAAGUCAGCAAGGAGUAUUAUGCUAUGAAGAUUUUAGACAAACAAAAGGUGGUGAAGUUGAAACAAGUUGAACAUACAUUAAACGAAAAGCGUAUAUUACAAGCUAUUUCGUUUCCGUUCCUUGUCCGGUUGGAUUAUCAUUUCAAAGACAAUAGCAAUUUGUAUAUGGUUUUGGAGUUUGUUAAUGGGGGAGAAAUGUUUUCCCAUUUAAGACGCAUCGGUCGUUUCAGUGAAAGUCAUUCACGAUUCUAUGCUAGUCAAGUGGUGUUGGCAUUUGAAUAUCUACAUCAUUUAGAAUUAGUCUACAGAGAUUUGAAACCGGAAAACAUUCUUAUCGAUCAAUAUGGAUAUUUAAAGAUAACAGAUUUUGGUUUUGCUAAACGUGUAAAAGGUAGAACAUGGACUCUAUGCGGUACACCAGAAUAUUUAGCUCCUGAAAUUAUUCUAAGCAAAGGUUACAAUAAAGCUGUUGAUUGGUGGGCACUUGGUGUAUUAGUUUAUGAAAUGGCAGCUGGUUAUCCACCAUUUUUUGCUGAUCAACCAAUACAAAUUUAUGAACGUAUUGUAUCAGGAAAAGUUCGUUUCCCGUCACACUUUAGUUCUGAUUUAAAAGAUUUACUAAGAAAUCUUUUACAAGUUGAUUUAACUAAACGUUUUGGAAAUUUAAAAAAUGGUGUUAAUGAUAUUAAAACACAUAAAUGGUUCGCAACAACUGAUUGGUUCUCUAUUUUUAAACGUGAUAUUGAAGCACCAUUUACACCAAAAUGUUCUGGUGCUGGAGAUGCAAGUAAUUUUGAUGAUUAUGAAGAAGAACCAUUACGUAUUGCUACAACAGAGAAGUGUGCAAAAGAAUUUGAUUACUCAACAUUAUGUACUGUUUUUGAUCAUAAUCAAAAAUCCUACAACGAAAGUCAUUCACGAUUCUAUGCUAGUCAAGUGGUGUUGGCAUUUGAAUAUCUACAUCAUUUAGAAUUAGUCUACAGAGAUUUGAAACCGGAAAACAUUCUUAUCGAUCAAUAUGGAUAUUUAAAGAUAACAGAUUUUGGUUUUGCUAAACGUGUAAAAGGUAGAACAUGGACUCUAUGCGGUACACCAGAAUAUUUAGCUCCUGAAAUUAUUCUAAGCAAAGGUUACAAUAAAGCUGUUGAUUGGUGGGCACUUGGUGUAUUAGUUUAUGAAAUGGCAGCUGGUUAUCCACCAUUUUUUGCUGAUCAACCAAUACAAAUUUAUGAACGUAUUGUAUCAGGAAAAGUUCGUUUCCCGUCACACUUUAGUUCUGAUUUAAAAGAUUUACUAAGAAAUCUUUUACAAGUUGAUUUAACUAAACGUUUUGGAAAUUUAAAAAAUGGUGUUAAUGAUAUUAAAACACAUAAAUGGUUCGCAACAACUGAUUGGUUCUCUAUUUUUAAACGUGAUAUUGAAGCACCAUUUACACCAAAAUGUUCUGGUGCUGGAGAUGCAAGUAAUUUUGAUGAUUAUGAAGAAGAACCAUUACGUAUUGCUACAACAGAGAAGUGUGCAAAAGAAUUUGGUGAAUUUUAA